AUGGGGAACUUGUUGGAAGCUGAGAACUUGCUUGUUGGGGCUGAGAACUACCAGUUCACCCUCAUUGACUGGGGAAUGUCAGGGGUCACAGAGAAGGUCUGGAUCCGGGAAAACCUGCCAAAGUCCUUACUGCCAAAAUCCUUUCUUGAGUCGCAGGGCAUCCAGCAGCUGCUCCAGGCCGAGAAGCGGGCCGCCGAGAAGGUGUCCGAGGCCCGCAAGCGAAAGAACCGGAGGCUGAAGCAGGCCAAAGAAGAAGCCCAGGCUGAAAUUGAACAAUACCGCCUGCAGAGGGAGAAGGAGUUCAAGGCCAAGGAAGCUGCGGCUCUGGGAUCCCACGGCAGUUGCAGCACUGAAGUGGAGAAGGACACCCAGGAGAAGAUGACCAUCCUUCAGACCUACUUCCGGCAGAACAGGGAUGAAGUCCUGGAUAACCUCUUGGCCUUUGUCUGUGACAUCCGGCCAGAAAUCCAUGAGAAUUACCGCAUAAACGGAUAAGGGAAGAGCGCUGUGCCGUGGAUUGGCAUUUUAGAUGCCUUCAUAGAAUAUGAGGCUUUAGCAAGGCUUGGGUUAUAUUCUUGUGAAAAGGCAUUAAAUUAUUUCUGUAUAUUAAAAAAAA